GGUAAUAGACUUCAUCAGCAAUAAAAAGUUACAGUUGUUACAGCUUUGUUACAACUCAUAAAAUACCUAAUUAAAAUGUUGUCGAGUUGUUUUCUUGGGUAUGUUUUUGUUCUGCCGAUUAUUCAUACAGUGAUAUGUUACGGUAUAAAAAAUGAAAGUAGUGAACUGAAUAUCACGACUACGCCGACUACGCCCGAAUCAUUUCACUUCAUUAAGCUAGAUACUACAGUAACUUGUAAAUUCCAACCAAACGGUUACGAUUGUCACGGCACCGGACAGUUUCGACCAAAAUACUUCUACGACCUACAGUUACAGGACUGCAAGUCUUACACUAUCGGAAGCUGUCCGUUCAAUCUGAACGCGUACAACACGUUGUCAGAGUGUCACAACACGUGUCGAGACUAUGGCACACAUCCGGCGCCAACAGACCUUAAGCCCAGAAUAUUUUGCCGGUUCCAACAAGAUUUCGGACAUUGCAACGGAUAUAAUCCAAGGUGGUAUUUUGACAUGACGUCACGUAGGUGCAGGGGUUUCUCGUACAGCGGUUGCGGCGGUAAUCUCAACAGGUUCGACACACAGCAGGACUGUGUCAGUGUUUGUACCGGCGCUACGGAGCAUAAGUUAGACCUUAAUUGACUUGUACUAAUGUAGAUUGUACUAAUAUAAAAAAGUACAAUAAUGAAUAAUAUAAUUCUACAAUAAAUAUUUAUUAUUUUAGAAUUAAGUUUUUGUAAAUUUAAGUUAGUUUUUAAGUUCUUUAUCCUUUUUAAUUGUUUUUAUUAUAUUAUUUUGUAUUUGUGAUUUGGGA